CAUUGCUAAUAUCCUAGAAUCGUCAAGUUUCCUUGAAGUGAACAUUAAGAAAUUUGUGGGUACGAGUUGUAUAGUGCGACGAUUGGGCUACCGACACCGUAACGAGACAACUGAUCAAUUUUCAUAGGACUGCCGAUAUUCGGGGUUUGGUUUUUACCAAACUCGUUUAACUUGGAGAGUCGAAGCGAGAAUGCUUUUCGGCCAAUAAGAAGACAGCAUUUUCCCGCUUUUACUUGAGCUCCGAGAGUGAACCCCGUUAUAGCGAUUACUGGUAAAGAAGGCGCUUGCCAACUGGCGCCAAGUGAGGUUUGUGAGGCCGGUGCUUUAUAUCGGGGUAGCCGAACAGCAAGCGCGCAUCAACGGACUCAGAGCGUCUACGCGUCUGGUUCAGUGAAGGUGUGUAGUCUUGUCAGCCAGUGAUACGUGAGCCUUUUAAACUUCGCUUUUACUGAAUAAUACAGCCAACAUGCCUCGUGGAAGACCAAGAGGUGGAGCAGGCGCCACUAAGAUUAAAGGCGCCAUGAGUGCGUACGCGUGUUUUGUUAAAACGUGCAGAGAAGAACACAAAAAAUUGCAUCCGGAUGAAAACGUACAAUUCGGCGAAUUUGCUGCUCAGUGCUCCCAGAGAUGGAAGACGAUGUCCGAUAAAGAGAAAGAAAAAUUCCACGAGAUGUCCGUGGAAGACAAGGGAAGAUUCGCUGAACAGAUGAAGGAUUACGUACCACCACCUGGCACACCAAGAGGCAGAAGGCGCCGUCGCGGAGCUAAGAAGGAAAGGGAUCCGAACAAGCCCAAACGUGCGUUGUCAGCAUUCUUCUAUUACGCUAAAGACGAGCGCGCUAAGGUUCGGGCCUCAAAUCCAGAUUUUUCAGUUGGAGAAGUUGCAAAAGAGCUUGGACGACAGUGGAAUGAGCUGACGGAGGCCCAGAAGGCGCCUUACGAGAAGGCUGCUGAGGAAGACAGAGCGCGCUACGGCCGGGACAUGAAGGUUUACCGAUCAGGCGACAUGCCGCCAAUGAAGAAAAUGAAGUCCAGCAACGGCCACCCCGAAGCUGGAGCUUUCGACGAUGAGGGCGAAGAUUUCGAUGAAGAUGACGAUGAUGAAGAAGGUGAUGAGUGAAAUCACUAAUUGUGAUUUGUACAAAUUCUUCAUCCAUUUAUGUGAAAUAUAAAUUGCUAAGUAUGUUGUGAAGUGAGGUUUUGCAAGUGUUAAAAAUACUUGCUUCAGGACCACUCUCUCAAGGAUAAGCUAUUAUGUUCUAGAUUUUAGUGGCUUGACUACUAGCUUGGAUACUUACUUUGUUAGCUAAGCUUGAAAGGAAUUUGGUAAUAGAUUGAAAGUGGGCUUUUGAAGCUGAUGUUCUGUAUAUUUAUACGAGUGUGUAUGACUGUAGGCAGAAUUGUUAGGCUGUGUAGUUUUUACUUUUUAUUAGGCUUAAGAGCCUGUGUUUCCAUAAAUCUUGUUCAAAUUUCACUUUCAUUGGAAUAA